AUGCGUACCAAGCUCAAGCCCACGCUCCUUCUCUAUGUCUCUCUCAUUCUUGCCUGCGUCGCCAUCGUCGACGCCAACUCCUUCGACACACACAGACGCGACCACCGUUUGAUCAAAAUGCGCGCUCCCGCUGAGUUCGCUCGCGGCCUGCUUGGUCUCGGUGAUAAUAAUCCUACCUCUUCCUCCUCUGCAGACUCUGCUUCUGCCUCGCCCUCCUCUUCUGCAUCGGCGACGGAUUCAGCGGCCUCAUCGUCUGCAUCGAGCUCCGUUGCUAGUGCCUCUGGCUCUCAGUCGUUAACAGGCACAUCAUCCGCGGCUAGCACCACUGGCUCAACAGGUCCCUUGGGAAGCUUAGUGGAUGGCCUGCUUCCUACAGUCAGCUCAGCUUCGACGACAGCCUCUUCGACGUCGGCCAGUACGACUUCCACCGCGUCUUCAACUCCUCAGCCGACCUCAGCGCCUCACACCAGCGCCACUCCCGUACAGAUAACGAGCAACUCGAAUGGAUACGUCGUCACAAUCACGAGUGACCCCGCUGCUCCGUCUCCUACCACCAACAACGACUCUUCGCAAGGCGCAGCAGCCACCAUCACCCACGCCACCUGGAUCUCCAUCGGAGCCGUGUUUGGUGGCAUCAUAGGUGUCGCUGUCAUCUGGACCAUCUUCCGCAAAUGGAAGUUCCGCAAGUCUCGCGAGUUCGACGACAGGAUGGCCCCCAUCGACUGGCUGCCCCCCGACGACAACAGCCACCGCGACUCCGGUCUGCCCGGCUCCUCCCGCCGCUACUCGAACGCGUCGUCCUUCCACUCGGGCAACGCCAACGAGGACAGCGUGCACGGCCACGGCGGGUACGCAUCCGCGCAGCACCCGAUUCCCGACCACGACUUCACCGCUGGUGCGGCCCACCUCGCGCCCAUCGGUGGAUACGCCGACCUCGCGCGCGGUGCGAGCCCGCAGCCUCAGAUGCACGACCUCCACCGCGGGGUCAGCAUGUCGCGGCCCAUGCCCACCGCCAGCCCCGCACCGAGCUACCACCCCGGGUACGAUCAAUACGGCAUGCCCGUGCACCACGGCGGGUACUAG